AUGAAAAAUUUUAGGAAUCUAUUUCUAAUUAUUACUGUUAUAACAAUUAUUUUAAACAGUUUCAACGACUUAUCCCAAAAUAUAAAGAUCCAGUCCAUUGAAUACUCUUUCUUAAAUGCUCAAGCUCCAGAGUAUGUUUAUGAAACAUAUAGGUCUAAUUUCUUUAUAAAAUUGGAUUCAGCACUAUUUGCUGGUAAAUCCCAAGAUGAAUCAGUCCAAUCAUAUUUAAGUAAAUUUGGAUAUAAUGGAAGAAAGGAUGAUUUAAAACCUGUUUGUACGAAAAGUGGAUUGGAAAGUAUUCUCAGGACUUUGAAACCGGUUCUCUCGGAUUACUAUUCACUUGUAGGUAAAAAUAAUUACUUUAAAAGUAUUGAUCCUAUUUCAGAACAAAACUUAGUCGCUCAAAUUGAUAUUUCGAAUUAUAAAUCCAGUACUUAUCCUCUUUUAGUAGAAACUGAACAAAAAUUAAUGGGAAUUUUAGCCAAUUUAUUUAGAUGCAUCUUAUCUGUGAAGGCAAAAAAGUUCCAUGAGAAGAGUCGCAGCCUAGAUUCGUCUAGUUUUCUUGCUGAGAAUAUAUAUCGUAAAUCUAUGUCAAGUAUUAGUAAAGAACUGAUUCUUUUACUGAAACAAGUGAUAAGUUAUCUCCAACGUAUUUAUCCAAAAUGUUUAAAGAAAUCUGUUGGGGCAGAAUUAGUGGAGUGCAAUGCUACAGGAGAAGCACUAAAAUUUUGUAAAAAACAUUUAUUAACACAAAAAGAAAUAAAGAAUAAUGGAGGAUAUCAACCAUCGCCCCCUUUAAAAGGUAUCUUAAAGAAUCCGAACGGUCAAAGAAGCGCUCCCACUUCACGUUCAAGUAAAAAGGUUCAAUUUAAUAAUGAUGUAAGUUUGGCUUAUAUUGACUAA